AUGCUGCAGAUAAACAAUAGUUUUUACAUUCAAUUUGAUUUUUGUGGGGUUUAAGGAAGGUUUUUCCAGCCGAAAAAACUCACAGAAGCAAAAUGUUGGGGAGAAGAUUUAUCUCCUUCUUGCGUCGCACUCCAUCAGCUUCGGGAAAAGUGGUGGCCGAGGAAGGGAAGGCAAAGACAUGGGGGCGAAGGAUAGUGUCAGGGACCUUGAUUUGCUUAACUGGAGGCGUUGCUCUAAGUGCUCUUGAUGAUCUCUCCAUAUAUCAUAGCUGCAGCAGCAAGGCCUUGGAAAGAGCCAGUAAGAACAAGCCGAUUAUAGAUGCCAUUGGUGAGCCCAUUGUUAGAGGUCCUUGGUACAAUGCAUCACUAGCAGUAGCUCACCAAAGGCAAUCUGUAUCAUGUACAUUUCCUGUCUCUGGACCCCAAGGCACCGGAAUUUUUCAGCUGAAGGCAGUUCGUAAUGGAGAGCACAAAUGGUCAUCAUUUUUACGGGCAAGCGACUGGGAGAUACUCAUUAUGGAAGCUCUCGUCCAUGUCCCGGGGAAUGAAGAGAAGCAGCAAACUUUUCGGAUUAAGGUUUCAGAUUACCUACCUCCACCAGCUAGUAAUGCAUGCACGGAUUGCAUACCUCAGGAAUCAUCGGGUAAUGUGGAUAAGAAAUGACCUAGAUUCGUUCUUCCAUUGCUCCGAGGGGAUUUUUUCUUUCUCCAAUAUUACAUCAUAAGAAGUAUGUAUCUAGGACCCUUUGAAAUUUUCCAGUUCCAAGGCACCAAAUCUAUAUAUUUCCACAUUAGAUCGCGUAAUUGGUGAUUCUUUUAAAUGUUGAAGCUAUGUUAUUGUCAAAAGUCCCUUUCCAGAGUAGCUCCGGAACAAUUAGGAGAUUCUAUACGGAGUUUUGCUUGGAGAGGAAGAAGAACACCAUUAUAGAGGGAUCAACGUGUAAACUUGAUCUGUAUUUUGGUUUACUGGAAUAAGCUCAUCAUCAAACUGUAGAUUUUGGGAAGAAAAGGUAAACGUUUCUGUGGAUUUUAGCUUAUACAAUAAAUGGUUUCAAUGUUGUUCACUUGAAGAUGAGUAAAGUUCAUUUGCAUUUUUUUUC